GGUCCGCUGCCCGAGAAUGGGAAUUCUCUUCACCAGGAUAUGGAGACUGUGCAAUCAGCAGGAGCACAAAGUUAUCAUUGUUGGGCUGGAUAGUGCGGGAAAAACUGCCAUCCUUUACCAAUGUUCUAUGAAUGAAGUUGUACAUACGUCCCCAACAACAGGAAGUAAUGUAGAAGAGAUAGCGAUUAAUAAUACACGUUUUCUAAUGUGGGAUAUUGGUGGCCAAGAAUCUCUUCGUUCUUCGUGGAACACUUACUAUACUAACACAGAGUUUGUAAUAGUUGUUGUGGACAGUACAGACAGAGAAAGGAUUUCUGUAACUAGAGAAGAACUCUAUAAAAUGUUAGCCCGUGAGGACCUAAGGAAAGCUGGAUUGCUGAUCUUUGCUAAUAAGCAAGAUGUUAAAGAAUGCAUGACUGUAGCAGAAAUCUCCCAGUUUUUGAAACUAACUUCUAUUAAAUAUCACCAGUGGCAUGUCCAGGCAUGCUGCGCUCUUACUGGCGAGGGAUUAUGCCAAGGACUUGAAUGGAUGAUGUCACGAUUUAAGAUUAGAUGAUCUCUACUGACCUAUUCUCAUAGACUUUGUAUAAAUGAA